AUGUCCGCCAACGAUUCCCGCCGCUCCUCCGCUUCCAGUCGGGCUGACACGCCGCUCUUGGAAGCCAGUACGGCUUCGCUGCGCAUCGACGACCCCAUCGCCGGCCUGACGACGCUCGAGGACGAUCUCGUCGUCGGACAUCCGCCUAGUGCGCCCUCGCCGCUCGAGCUCCGUGCCUUCGACGUCCGCCCGCCCAAGAGCCGCUUCGCUGCCACGCUCAACCUCGCCCGCCUCGAUCUCGUCUCGCCCUGCGACCCCAAUCUCAACUGUCCCAUUUGCAUCGCUCCCAUGGUCAACCCCAAGAAGCUCCGCUGCGACCACAUCUUCUGCCACGACUGCAUCUAUCAAACCUUUGCUUUCCAGUCUGGGCCAUACCCGACGUGCCCCAUGUGCCGCCGGCGCGUCGAUGCGGGCGAGGAUGUCAUGGACGUGCCGAGGGUCCUUAAGCAGAUGCUGGAUGAUUUGAUCGUCAAGUGCCCCAACCACGAGCUGGGCUGUGGUUGGAAGGCGAAGCGUGGAGAGGCACAGGAACACAUGGACUACUUCUGCGACUAUCGCCUGGUCGAGUGUCCAUCGGAGAAUUGCGUCGAGGCUAUGAUGCACAAGGACGUCCACAGAGGCUGUUUACACAAGUACAUUGUGUGCGAGGACUGCGGAGAGCGCAUGAUGGAGGUCGAACUAGAGCGUCAUCAGCUACAGCAGUGCCCGCACCGCGUCGACACCUGCCCCAUGUGCAACGACCAGGUCAUCCGCCCGCUCAUGAAGAAGCACUGGGACGAGGUCUGCUCGAAAUCCGUAAUCGCAUGCCCCGGCCAGUCCGUUGGUUGCGACCACCAGCGCAUCAGAGAAGAAAUGCACGAGCACAUUCAAGAAUGCGUCUUAGCCAGAAUCGCUCCGUCUAUUCAGAACUCUCUGCAGUCUAUGAAGACUCGCCAAGAUGAUCUUGCUUCGGAGAAUGAGCGCCUCCGCCGCCGCGUCGAUUACCUUGAGGCUUUCACGAACUCACUCCAGGAGCGUGUCCUUGACACUCUCCCGCCUUCUUCGCUGGAGGGUCUCGGAUCGGCCCCGCACAUGGUCAAUCCGAGCCAGCACCUAGUCGAGUCUCAGGAAUUUCUCCGCAACGAGGUUUCGCGCAUCAGCGCUGCCGUCGUUGACGCCGAGGCCCGCACUACUCUCCUCGUCCACAACGAGGUCCUUCGCCUCGGCAACGAGAUGGCUCGCAUCGAUGCCGCCGUUGGUGCCACACGCGCCCAGCAGCAGUGGCUCAUUAACCAACGUCUCCAGGCCAUGGCCCAGAUGCGUGCUGCAGCUGCAGCGAACGCCGCCAAUACUCCUGGCCAUGGUAGUACGACUCCUAGCAUUUCCGUUACUCCUGCUGUUUCUUCCUCUGCUAGUACUCAGGCUGGUCCUUCGAGCACAGCCGCUACUAUUCCCUCAGCUGUUGCUACAGUUGGCACGGCCGCUUAUGGCAGUUCCAGCAGCAACACCAACACGAUUCGGCCUCUGCGUCGCCGCUCGAGCGGCGAUUCAGGCGGCACCAAGCUAUGA